GUUAUAACGGGGGUAUAACAUUUUCUUUAUUUUCACUUCAGUAGUUUUGCAGAAGUGCCGUAUUACGUGGCAAUGUUAGAGGUAGAGCUAUAUCAAAACUAACCAAUUUAAACCAACAGUUUGGACUAUUUAUUAACUUUCUCAAAACUCAUUUGGGUUAAAAUAUAACUUCAAAACUUUGUUAGAAUGACCUCUGAUACACACCAUAGAUUCAGAAAACCUGUUAUCUAGCUGUGCUUAGAACUUGUUUAUAGAGAAGUCAGACAAAAUGUUGCCAAACUCUUUAUUAUUGACAAUUAUAGGCCUACAUAUGGUUUCCUCUAAUGCAGCUGGUGAAUCGUGUAAGGGAAUGUGUGGAUCUAAACUGGCUGAGUGCUCCUGCCAUUGGACCUGUGAGUCUUUGAGGAAUUGUUGCGUGGAUUACAACCAGUCCUGUUUUAAAGUGAGCCCCUACUCCAGCUCCAUGUUAGGAGGAAAAGCCCUGAAGAUCAUUGACCUGCUUCUUCCACCAAAUGAACAUUUUGCAUGCAGGUUUAAAGGUGAAAUAGUGAGAAGUGGGAUUAUUGAUGCUGAGGGUCAAGCUUUCUGUAUCUCUCCUCUGUUGUAUGAAAUAGGCUGGAUUCAAAUUGACAUCUCUAUAGGAGGAAGUAAUUUUGACAGAAGUGGAGAGUACCUGUCAGUUCACCCAAGCAAAGCAGACCCCACUUCUGAGGUUGUUCUAGUGAAUGGAACAAAAUGGCACCAUUAUGGAUCUCAGAACAUCUCAGGAGAGCUUCAGAUGACCUGGAACCAGUCACUCAUUGGAGAAGACACAGUGAACAUUGAGUUAUGGGGCUAUGAGGAAAUCCACACUGGGAUAGAAGAGACAAACAAGACUUUCCCUUAUGAGGCCAGCAUCCACUACCUCUAUUCAGUCGUCCUAAACGUUUCCAAUAGCGGUUUGUUCGGCUUUCUCCCAGACUCUUCACAAAACUAUUCAGACAUAGAGCUGGGAAACAUUCGGAUCACUGCAAGUUCUGUCCCAAAUGGAGCAAGGGAUGUGGCAGCUUUGUGGAGCCGAGGCCAUGUUUUGGCCUGGCAUCUGGAGGAAGCUUUCAGACAGGACUCUGCUGUGUGGGCCAAAGUUAAAUGUCUACAGUGGGACAUCCUGGAGAAGACCCUGCCCAACUUCCUCAAUGAGCUCAUGGACUGUCCCUGUACUCUGGCCCAGGCCCGAGCAGACACAGGCAGAUUUCAUACUGACUAUAGCUGUAACAUUGAGACAGGCAGUGUGUGCACUUAUCACCCAGGUUGUGUCCACUGUGUCAGAUCAGUCCAAGCCAGUCCUACAUAUGGAGCUGGUCAACAGUGCUGCUAUGACCACAGUGGUAAUCUUGUGCUGACAGGGGACUCAGCUGGUGACAGUACCCCAGACAGGGCUCACGACUGGGGGGCUCCUCCUUAUAGAAAGCCCCCGCGGGUCCCAGGCUACUCCCACUGGCUCUAUGAUGUCAUGAGUUUCUUCUACUGCUGCCUUUGGUCAGACAAUUGCCCCAUAUAUCUGAAGAACAGGCCCUCCAGUGGAUGUCAAAGCUACCAACCACCACACGCAGCUGUUGUCCUUGGAGACCCACAUUUCAUAACAUUUGAUGGAUUCAACUACAGCUUCAACGGUGAAGGAGAGUACAGCCUGGUUUUGUCUCCACAUAAAGAACUGCAGAUUCAGGCCAGAACAGAGAAGGUGAAACUUAAAAAUGGUUCUUCAGCCAAUGCCACACAGCUCUCUUCGGUGGCCAUGAGGGAGGACUCCUCUGAUAUCGUUGAAGUUCGUCAGAGGCAGGACCAUCUGCAAGUGUUGAGGAACCAGAAGAUUCUACCUCUCAAUGAACAAACAUGGAUGGACCUGCAUGGGUUGUUCAUCUUCACGCCCAAUCCUCAGCACAUUAGAGUUAUGUUCUCCUCUGGGACUGGUGUAGAAGUCCAUCUCAAUGAAGGAAUGAUGGCAGUGACUGUACUUUUGCCAUGGGAGUUCACAAAUCAAACCAAAGGCCUCUUCGGAGUGAUGAACUCUGACCCCUCUGAUGACCUCAUGACCCCAUCUGGAAAAGCCAUCCUCUUGGGUCAAGACACCCCAGACAGUAUCUUCACAUUUGGAGAGGAUUGGAGAAUUUCACAGACAUCUUCCCUCUUCACGUAUGACUCCACGUAUCUUUUGGAGACUUACCACACUCCUGGAGCUGCUUUUGUCCCUGUCUUCUCCCCCCCUGAGGACCCUGAUGACCCCCUGGUGACGAGUAUGUCAACACUGUGCUCUGGAGAUGGAGCCCUCUUCUGUAAAUAUGAUACACUUCUCACAGGCAGCCUGCUCAUGGGAAAUUCAACGCUCAUGGCCUUCCACAGACACCUCGACCUAGUUAAAGACUUAAAACCAGUGACUUCUUGUGGUUGGCUACCGACACCUAAAAAUGGCAGAAAGAAGGGCACUCAUUACCUAAAGGGGGACAGACUCAAUUUUAACUGUGACCAGGGCUUUGGGCUGUACGGGUCUGCAGAGCGAGCCUGUCUGGAGGAUGGGACAUGGACAGGACAGCGCCCCUUCUGUAUAUCAGAUAAUCCAUUGAGUUUCAUACUUGGUGCUAUUGGAGUUGUCUUUGCGUUUGUCACUAUGGGAGUAAUGAUUCAGCUGCAUAUCAGGAAGCAGGAAAGAGAAAGAAAGUCAGAAAUGGAUCAGAUAAUAGAGAAUCAUGGACAACCCUGAUCCACAGCAGGAUUACAGAAGACAUCACUCCACAAGUUUCAUAUGUAGUUGGUGAACUUUGAACUUCUAUAGUUGCUAUCUAUAACUAUCCAAAAAUACCAUAAAAAUAGGGGAUUUUCAGUGAGUGAGUGUACGUGCACAUCAUUAUCCCGGUUAUGAUCAGGUUUUUUGUGUAUCUCGGUUUCAUCAGGGUGCAUGUAUACGCAGUAUCCCUGUUUCAGUAUCCUGAAUAAGGCAGUAUCCCAGUCAAGAGAAACAGGGAUACUGUAGCUGGGAUAUUCCAAUAGUAACCAGGAUACUGUGGCAUGUGUACGCACUUAGUGUGAACUUGCCCCUUAGCCUAUUUUGGUAAAUGUAAGAAUUAGUGUCUGACAACAAAUCAUGUACAUAGUUAGCCCAAUUUGAUUCUAUACAUUUCUAGUACAUCAUUACUAUUUAAAGAAGCACUAUGUAACUUUCUUGGUGGUGUGUCCUCCAUCUUCCUUUCUCUAUUGUGGGUAACAGUAGCUCAUUUGGUUGAUGUUUGUCCACUAACCUGAAGGUUGGGGGUUUGAAUCUCGCUCUCAACAUAAACAUCAUUGGUUGAACAGUCACAUCCACUGAUGCACAGCUUGGUUGUGGGAUUCCUGCUCCCAAACAUUAAAGUUGUUGUUGUGUCCUUCGGCAAGACACUUAACCCACCUCGCCCCCUGUGUCUGCCUGCACUGGUGUAUGAAUGGGUGAGUGUUUCCUCGAUAUAAAGCAGUUUGAUGCCUUAAAGUGGAAAUGCGCUAUAUAAAAAUGUGACCAUUUACUAUUUCUCCAGGAAUCUAUCUUGCAUUUUUAUUUAUUUAUUGCUCAAAAAUACCUUGAUAAACAUGCAAUCUUACUAUUUUAGGGUUUCCUCUCCACAGAUGUGACCUGUAACCUGCCCUGGCGUUAUUACUUGCUUGUUUCCAUGGAGAUAUAUAUGUUCAUGGUCAUGCUGUGGAACAUUUGUAGGUGUAGGUAUGUAGAUGGCAGGUCCUCCACCAAAAAGAAAAAAAAUGCACAUCUGUAAGCAUUUUAUUCUAUUUCUUUUACUGCUUUUUAUGUAGCAAAAAGUGUGUAAUUGUGUCUGCUGAUCUAGUCCACUUAAUAUAAUGAAUACUGAUGUUUCAGAUUGGACAGCUAUUAAAUAAUGUCAUGUUUACCAAAUGAAAUAACUGCCAUUAAUUUCUGCUGUCUAACAAAUGCCCAAAUGUUUAUAAUUACCCAUUAGUUCAAUAAACAAACCUUUCAUAAUCUUUUUUCCAGAUUGCACAAAUUAUUGAGAAAGAAUGUUGUUAUAAAUGUUGUAAAUUGCACGUGCUGUGAGGAUUAAAGGUCCUGUAUUACAUAAAAUUGACUCCUGUGAGCUUUUAGCCAUGUUAGUUUGAAAGUUUGAACUCUAAUGUGAAGGAUCUGUGUGUAAAACGUGUGUGAAUGAAACAAAACACAUCUCCAGGCAUGUUUGUGAUGAGAAAACAACAUUAUAACAGAUCAGAAAACAGUGUAAUAUUGACCCUUUAACCUUUCGGCAAAGAAAAUUGAAAGUGACUCAUUAUAUUUGUGUGUUAUAAUCAAAAGUAAUGCUGUAAUCUCAGUUAAAAAAAAAAAAAAAACAUCCAUUCAUUCCCACUGUCUAAAAGCCUCCAAUUAAUUGUUUGAAGAAUGAAGAAUUUGAAGAAUGUUAUUUUCUCUUCUUUCAUAAAAAACUCAAGGUUGUUGUAUAUGUUGUAAAUUGUGCAUGUUGUGAGGAUUAAGGAUGGUGAAAAAGCAUAAAAAAGCACUAUAGCUGUUUUGUUAUAGACUUGACCCAGUGCCAAAUACUCGCUACAAUGUGGAUUUAAUAAAUGUCUCAUAGAAAAAUGUUUGUAAAAAUCAGCUCUUGUCUCGUGUUGGUGGUAAACAGGAGCAGAUGUUUCACGCUCACGUCAAAUGUGAAGUGAACCCUGUAGUUUCUGGUUGAGAGGUUCUGUGUUUUUGUGGGUGUCAGUCAAACUAAGAGCUUUGAUGAGUGACUGAGGAAAAGUAACACACAGGUCAUUAGGUUUGCAUCAAAGCGUACCCUGAAUUUUUAAUAUUAUUUUUUCAUUUA